AUUUCCGUUUGGGAUUUUGAUUGGAGGCGCGUUUCAACGCGCUCUAGCAUUUUUGCUUUCGUUAAUUUUGGAGAGAUUUUGGAACACUUUGCCAAAAUUUUGUUGCCCUAGCAGCAUAACAAGCAACGGGUGGGUAGGUAUAUUCAUAGAAACGUUUCUAAAAAUAAGCGAAGCAUGAUAUAUUCCAAAGUUUACGUAUUUGCGAAAAAACGAGAAUCGCACCCACUCGACAAGAUCCAAUCCACUUAAUUACAAUUUAAAAAUGUAUUUAGUUUUAUUCCGACGCUAUACUCGAAUCACAAACAUUUUAACUAAAAAUGCGGCUUAUUUCACACGCCACGCGCAGAGAAAGUCCGUUAACAGCAGCGAGAACGACCAUUCCACAACACAGUUGCCACCUAUUGGCGAGUGUUUGUUUCUGUUCCUCAAAAAAGUCAUUUCCGCCAUUCCACCAGAAUUUCCUUCGCAACGUAAAGUUUGGCUAAAAGUUGACACGUUUCGAAAACACGCAAUUAUUAAAAAAAUAUGGUAUUUUCAAUAUUAAGGAACUCUUACGGGUUUGGAUCGAUAAAAGAGGAACCUGCGCUGUGUCGCACAGUUGCGUCACCAAUGCUGCGACAAGGACGCCAUUUUGCAAAACGCAAGUCGGAAAAAGUCUGGCGAGCUGGGUCAAGAAGUCAUUGCAGAUGUGGAAGAACUUUGCCGAUUAUGCAUGGGAAAGGAAGAGGAAUUGAUUUCGAUUUAUAAUAACGACGAGCUUGUACCUCUCACACUUAAAAUUAUGGCUUGUGUUGCGCUCGAGGUUUUUGAAGGGGACGGAUUGCCGGAAAAAAUUUGUCACCCGUGUAAAUUUCAACUCGAAAAAUCAUACCAUUUUCGAAAGAAAUGUGAACAAUCGGAUAUGAAACUGAGGCAGCACCUUAGAGAACUGAGAGAAAAAUUUGGUCACAUAGAAACAGUGAAUAUCGUGUCGGGCGAUAAUGAAACACAAGAAAAUGAAAUGGAAAUUGAUCAAAGCAAAGAAGUGGGUGAGAGCUCUUCAAACCAGGAUAAGGACUUGGCGGUUAGCACGGAAGAAGAUUUACUAGGGAUUACUAAAGUUACUUACAUUCAACGUGAUCCAGAACCUGAAGAUAUUCCAAACAGUAUAACUCUGUCAUCAGAAGUUGAUUUAGAAAAUAAAGAUGCGUGCACAUUAAAAGGCAGUGAAUUGAAAACAGAAAUUGCUUCUGAAGAAGAUGAGCCUGAGGGCAAUGUAUUUAUUAUUGAAGAACCCGAUCCGAGCAUGGAUGAUGCUAGCAUUGACGCCAUCGCUGGAGCUGUGAAGGCCACUUUAGCUUCCCAACCAGGACUCAACUUAAGCGGUCAGCUCCAACUCACUGUAAACCAGCCCAAUGGCAAAUCCACCCAGGUGGAAGUUACCACGGAAGACGGGGACGUCAUUGUUAUGGAAAUCUUGACGGAAGAUCAAACCGAAACUCCGGAACCGCCAAUGCCGACCGAAGAUGUCAGCGAGGACGGAGAAUUGAAGAUAUUUAAAUGUCCCGACUGUCCCAAAUCGUUCUCGCGAAGGAUUCAGUUGAGACGUCACGCUUCGGUUCACAUGCAACAGAAAGGCUUCAGCUGUGGCAUAUGCGAAAAAUGGUUCCCUACACGAUCCGCUUUAAUACGUCACGAACGAAUUCACACUGGUGAGCGACCUUUUCAGUGUGAAGUUUGCACCAAGAGUUUCGCUCAGAAGGAAAUAUUGUUUCGCCACUUGAUGACCCAUACUGGACAGCGUCCAUAUGCUUGUCCGCACUGCCCGAAGGGUUUUAGUCAAAAAGAGCAGUUACGGGUGCAUAUGAAAACACAUAUGGGAAAUAGCCCAUCGGAUAUUCAAUUGCACUAUUGCAGCUUAUGUCCGAAGGUUUUCUGCCACGCCUCUGGGUUAAGUCGUCACCUCGUCACCCAUACUGGUAAAACAUUUAAGUGCAGGGAGUGCGACAAGCCUUUUACCGACAAAAGUUCCUUGAGGAGGCACCUAUUGCAAUCAGGGCAUCAGUCGUAAUUUUUCUCUAUAUUUAUUUUUAGGUUAUCUUAUUGUUUUGUAAAUAUUGCAUUGAAAGUAUAUUAAAAGCAUUAUUGCUGUGAUUUUGUGUAUAUUUAAACGAAUUUUGUACGAAAUUGUUAUUAAAAGUUGGUAACAAAAUGUCCCAGUCUCUUAUUUCCUACCAUCUUUUAAAUAAGAAAUCACAAUUUAAAAAAUAUUCCAGAAAUGAUAAAAACUGCCCUAAAAUCCAUGCUGGAAGUGCAGCACUUAAUCAUAGUUUUGUUUCCAAAUAUUUAACAAAAACAAAUACUUUCUAC